CUGGAUGAGCCGGAUCUUCGUGCCCCCGCUCACUGCUUCAUCACCAUCUUGUCAUUAUUAUUGCAGCCGCGUUGUUGUCCUGAUCUCCAAGACCAUCCAGGCCAAAUGAAAUUUUUCUCCAUUCAUCCAAAACGCCAACAACUACAUCGUAUCCGUCUCAUCACCCAUCCUAGCUCCAAUCUCUCGUUCCAGCCAACAUCUGCGCCAAACUUCGUACUAUCGUCAAACCCAGCCAAGUGCACGAAUAUCGCAUUGGCCAGGGCUGCACCUCCCUCUGCAGCUGAGACCUCGCUGUCGCGCUUGCACCGUCCUCAAUUUCCCUGACGACGACAAUGGGAUGCCUUCUUUAAAAGCCUACACGCAUUACGAGACUCUUGCAUUCUGUCAGUUAAUUGCAAGCCAUGGACUGGACCCAUCCUCUUUCGAAGACAUUUCCACCUCCUUGAAUGCCAAUCAACUCAUUCGCGAAAGCACCACCUAUGAUCAGUCGCGAUUCACGGCCACCGCCUUGCAGACACUCUACGAUGAGUUGCUUUUGGCUGAAAAGUCGGCCCAAAAACCUGCCACGAAUGGUGAUACAAAUACCAAAAAGCGAAAGUUGUCGGCCUCUCCUAGUCCACCAGAAAAAGAGAUCCCAUCAGACGAAGAUCUUUUCCAGAUUCUAGUCGAACGGUUAUAUGGUCGAUUCAGGGAACAAGCCAUCAAAGAGAUUCGUCAAGAUGAGGAGGCCUAUGCCACUUUACAGAAGGAUGUCACUGAGCUCGAGAAGAAGGUGAAAGAUGAGGAAGCCCAGCAGAAUCGAGCGCGAGCGCUGCUUCAGAAGGCCCAGGCCGACCUAGACGAGAAGAAAAGAAAGGACCGGGAAGCAUCCAAGGCCGCUCAAGCUCAAGCUCAAACACAGGCCCAGCCGCAGGCUCAGACUACGGUACCACAGAAUCUUCCCAGCCCCGAUCCUGCUGCUGCACAAUUGCAAGCAAGUCUCGAUGCGACUCGACCUGACCUCCCAAUUCCUCCGUCCACAGCUCCGUUGGAAACGAAGGCUUCCCCCUCACCAAUCCGGACUACGCAACCGCUGGCGCCGUCCAAGUCGCCUGUUCCAUCUACGACACCCAUACCGGUGUCCGCGAGGCAGUCGGCUGAGCCAAAUGCUAGUCGGAACUCGCAACCUCCAUCAAUCGGGCCCUCGACACACAACUCCCCAGGCUCUUAUCCUCGAACUUUGCAAGUCCCACCGCAACGACCCAACUACGCGCCUAUCAAUCCUCAACAUUUCCAGCCAGGCCCUCAUGGCCAGCCAGUGCCGAUUGUCCCUCAUACCCCAGGCAUGCCCAUGCCUCCACCAGCCGAAUUUCCAAAUCUGAAGAGAGCGAAUUCUUCAGGUCAGGGCAGAGGAUCUCCAAUACACAUGACACCUCAGCAGGCGUACCCUCCGUAUCCUCCCUAUGGUCAAGCCCCUUGGCCCCCGCAUAUGAGUCCACAGCAUCAAUUCCAACAAACGCCUCCAUAUCCGAACCAACCCUAUUAUCCACAAUCGCCCAACGGCCGGGGCAUGCCAUAUCAAACACCUCAUCAUCCCCAGUAUCCUCCCUUCCCACAAAGCGGUCCUGUUCACUAUCAAGGUCAGCCACAUCCACAAGGAUGGUACCCUCCUCAUGGCCAACCAUAUGGCUUUUCAGGGCCUCCUAAUGUGACACCGGGCCCACGAUCUGAGUCACGGCGUGCUCUGUCGAAAGGACGAUCGUCAACCCCUUGGAAGAAACGGCUAGAGCAAUCCUCAAGUUCACGACUACCCAGCCCAACCCGGCCGGAAAGAGAAGUUAGUCCCCUCACUGACACAGAGUCGCCGUCUCAGCCAGGUAAACCGACACGGUCGUCGACGACGACGACGAAGGAGCGACUAGCGGCAGAGUCACCGACACCAACUCGAGAGCGACAAUCCACUAGGGGUCAACGAGUCGCUUCUGCUACGCCGUCAGCAAGAUCCCCGUCUGCUGCUUCCAUGACCUCUGAAACUCCGACGGAAAGUCGCAGGAAAGGCCGGCCUCGAAAGAUCAAGGCAGAACCACCGAGCACCCCAGCCGCCAUCGCUUCAGAUAACGAACAACCAAAGCCAUCUGAACGCCGCGGCCGCUCACGAGGGGAAGCACUGGCAUUGCCAUCAGAGAUUCAUUCUACUGGCACUACAGCGCAGAAGCGUAAACGAUCGACAACACGAGAUAGUAUCACUCCGUCGUUACCUUCGCCAGAACCUCCUCGGUACUCUACGGCUCAAUUUACACACGAUCCAGGCUACGUGGUUGUAUCGAAGAACUUCCACAAGACGGCCCUUCUCCUCAUCAACGACAUCUCGACUCACAAACUGGCGGGAAUCUUUGGCAAACCGCUUUCUGAACGAGAUGCGCCAGGCUACAAGGAUUUGGUUCUCCGACCACAAGACCUCAAGAGCAUCAAAGCCGCCGUUUCCAAAGGUGGCAAAGCUGCACACAUUGCAAUCGAAGCCAUCGAAGGAGAUCAACGGAGCGGUGUAGAAGAGAGCACAGAACCAUUGCCACAGGGUACUGAGUCCGAAAGCAAAGAAGGGUCAUUAGGCAACGGCAUGUUCUUGGUCAAGACAUUUGAAGACAUCGUUCCACCCAAGGGGAUUGUGAACUCGAGCCAGCUGGAAAUGGAAGUUGCGAGAGUCUUUGCCAACGCCGUCAUGUUCAACCCACUACCUUCGUCAGAAAGAGGCUUUGGCCGAUCUCUUCGUCUUCGAAGAAACGGAGGCACGCUCGACCCGCCCCGGGAGACCGAGCGGGGCGAUCAUGACAACAACGACGACACCGACAACGAAGACGACGAAGAUGAAAACAACGACAACAACAACGUCGAACGACCUUCUCCCAGUCAAGACUCGGAGGGUUCGCCGCUUGACAGCGAAGGGGAAGGCGGUAUCAUCGCCGACACGCGCGACAUGUUUGAAGACGCUAUCGACCGUGUGUCCAAGUGGAAAAAAGUUGAGUCCGAAAGAUUGGCCGGGCCGGACGAAGCGUCGGCUCAGUUGACUUCGAGACCUACAGCUACAGCUGCGGCUCACGACAAAGGCAGUGCCUCGGUGGCGGCUAGUGUCCGCAAUUCGAGCGUCAGUUCAGCCGUGCCAGAUGAAGAGUCUGGUCCGGCCGUUGAGAACAAUAAUACCACUGCUGCUACGCCCGCCGCCCAUGCUCCAGGCACGGCGAGGAAGAGGAGACGUCUCGCUGAUUGAAUCAACGUCUCUGUGGUUGAUUGCAGCAUUGAUUGACCAAUUACUGGCGGUCUGGAACUAAAAGGAGGUGGAUGAAUGGCGGGUAUAUCAAGUGAUAAUCAGACUACGUAGAACUGCCUCAUGUGAGCGGGCGUGCUUACAACAGUCAGUCCAAGAAUCUAUCUAUACUAGCUGGUCACUCGAUCGAUUGGGCCUCCAUGACGCGUGAUAAACCAUGACGAUCUACAAUUCUGAGAAGGUUUCGUUGCCG